CAUGUGCACUUGCAACUUCCUGCAUCCAUAGCAACGGUUAUAACAGACUUGCUUCUGACAGAUCCAUGUUUUAAUUUGCUAUAAAACUAGAACACACAUAGUUUUAUUUUCUAAAAAGGAACAGUUGGUCAGGAUUUAACUGAAAAUGGCAGAACCACCACUGGCAGAAGGUGCAGCUCAAAGUGAGGCUGGUGAGGUGCAGGCUACCUUAGGCGUAGAUGACGAUGUCAAGAGUGGACUGAAGAGUCAGGCGAGUUCAAGGGCUGUAUCACAGACAGGCUCAGUUACGUCGGCCAAAAGCACAAAGAGUGAACAAGAAAAGAAGAGUCGGGAAUCCAUCAUGUCACCUACAGGCUCCAACAAGGACAACCCAGCAGCUGACUUGCGCAACAUGAGAAGAAUUAUUGCAGAAGAUCCAGAAUGGUCGUUAGCAACAGUGCCCACACUUGUAGACAUGUGUGUUAAUCACAUUGUGGAGAAUUUUGAAAACAACUCCAAAAUUUUGAAUGACUUGUUACCAAAGCACAGGAACAAAGUUUUGGAAAAGAUUUCUGUUGAGCUGCCACUGAAAGUGACUGCUAACUUAGUGGAGGAAGAGGACUACUGGAAGCGGUGCUGCAAACACCGCUGGGAGAUCUGCGAUAUAUCACGGUAUGGAGACAGCUGGAAGAGGAUGUACUUUGAGAAGAACCUUGAACAAAUCAUCGAACAUUUUGUGCCUGAAACCACCGACCCAUUACAACUGAAUGAAACACUCCCACUGUCUGCAAACUAUGUGAAGAAGUUGGACAUCAAACAGCUCCUUCCACCAGUACGAGAAGCACCAAAGGGACCUGAUUUCGACGACGCCUCAGAUGGUGGCAGUGAUGCUGGGGAUGAACCAGAAUGUGACCAUUUUAACUUUGGUACAGCACUGAAGGCUCUGCCAAACAUAGAAGAACUCCACUUGACGUAUGGAGUACGUGACUGCGGCAUGAACUUUGAGUGGAAUCUAUUCCAGUUCACAGCCAGAGACUGUUUACAGCUUGCAGAAAGCAUUGCAAAGUGCAAAACCCUUAAGGUCUUGAGACUGCACAGAAGCAAGGUGGAUGACGACAAAGUUAGGGUUUUAAUAAGUCAUAUACUCGACCAUCCUGGACUUGUACAACUCGACCUGUCACACAAUUUGAUCAGUGAUCGCGGGGCACGGGCUGUUGGGAAAUUCAUCAACAAUCACAGUCAGCUGGUUCGACUCAGUCUUUGUGACAAUCAGAUCAGAGCAGCUGGUGCCCAGGCCAUUGCUCAUGCUCUGACGAAAAACACGACACUACAGUUCCUGAACCUGAGAUUAAACAAACUUGGAGAUGAAGGUGGACAAGCCAUAUGUCGCUCGUUGUUAAAGAACUCUACACUAAAAGAGGUCAACAUUGCAACCAAUGACUUGGGCGAGCCGACUGCGGCUAUUUUGUCGCAAGUGGUUAUGAUGAACAAUACUGUAAAAUCCAUUGAUUUGUCUUGCAACAAACUUGGUCCAGAUGGAGGUAAGCAGCUGCAGGAAGGUAUGGAUGAAAACACAACAAUUACCAACAUGGACCUACGGUUGACCGACUGUGGCCAGGAGUCGGAAUACUGCAUCAACCAGAUCUUACACCGCAACCAGGAGCAGGAGCGUGAAGCCAUCAUUCGGGAACUGGAGGCCACCAAGCCACCACAGAAGAAAGUGGCUGAGCCCCAGGCAGCUCACCGAUACAAGCACCCAGUGACUAGAGCUUAAUCUGUGUUUGAAACCAGGCCCCAUUCCACAAAGCGAUCUUAGCCCUGACCUGAAGUGACUAGCUACCUUAUGCACUUAUGGUGAUCUUAGCGCUAAAAUCACUUCAUGGAAUGGGGUAAUCUUGUGAAACUGACUGUGAAAUUACUGUUGAUGUUUCUUCAUGUGUUUGUGUAUAAGCAUAUAUAAUAUACAUGUAAUUUUGAUACUAAUAAGAUGCUAUGGAAUAAAGUAUGUUCUGAAAAUCAGAUAUGUCACUUAUAAUGUGACAAAAGUUUUUAUUACUGCUAUUGCCAUGGAGGUUAAGCCCAUGUAAUGCAGAACCAAUUUACUGUAAAUGUCAGAUUAAUAUAAAGACAAUCUACAUCGCAUUCUGAAAAUUAAAUAUAUUUAUAUGUCGGUCCUAAAAUAAUAUUAGACAUAAAUAUCAUACUUCAAUAUUUAAUUCUAUAUUAAUGUAAAAUAUGUUGGUUUUAGAUAACAAAGCUGUGUUUUCAGCAAUAGACUAUUUGUCUUUAAUAAAAAAAAUAUUUAUAAAAUAAAACAACAACUGAAGAUGAAAUUUUUAAACAUAAAAUCGACUUAUGAGUUGUAAAUAGUAUUCUUUAUAUUAUGUAUUGUUCUUCUACUUUUCAUAGAUAUAUUGCUGGUUAUAUUCACGACCCAUAUACCGUUUUAUUUUUAUGAGUUGUAGUACUGUAAGUUUAGUUUUAUAUACUGUGUUUGUCUAUUCUUUUAGUAAUUAACUAUUAUGUGCAUUGAAAUUAUGUGUCACAAAAUACAAGUAUCAGCAUCAAACUUCCAUAAAUAUAACAUAAUUGA